AGCGACUUAUCUAGAAAUCUAAAAACACAGAUUAGUAGUUUGUAAUUUUGUUAAGUCAGAAAGUUAUAUAUUUCAUUUUGAGAAAAAGAAAAAAAAUUCUCCUUCAGACAAAGGGAGGGGAAAACGUAAAGGUUGCUUAAACCAUAAAUCUCAGGCUUGUGGAGACAAAACUGACUCCACUUCUCUUUCUUAAAUUUUUUUUAUCAACAAUCAAGUCUCCGACAGAAAUCAAGAAGCGAAAAAAUUAAAUCUUUCAAAAACAAAGAGAGGAUAGGUUUGGUUUCUGGAUGAAUUUGGAGAUAACGAAAGGUCAGAGAGGAUGAAGAUUCAGUGCAACGUUUGCGAGGCGGCGGAAGCGACGGUUUUAUGUUGCGCCGAUGAGGCUGCGUUGUGUUGGGCUUGCGAUGAGAAAGUUCACGCCGCUAAUAAACUCGCCGGAAAACACCAGAGAGUCCCUCUCUCUGUCUCUUCCUCUUCCAUUCCCAAAUGCGACAUUUGCCAGGAAGCUUCUGGAUUCUUCUUCUGUCUGCAAGAUAGAGCGUUACUAUGUAGGAAAUGUGAUGUUGCAAUCCAUACCGUAAAUCCACAUGUUUCAGCUCACCAGCGAUUUCUUCUGACUGGAAUCAGAGUCGGUCUUGAAUCUACAGACGCUGGUCCGUCUACAAAGUCAUCACCAUCCAAUGAUGAUAAAGCCAUGGAGACGAAACCAUUUGCUCUACCUUCAUCUGAGCCUCAAAAGAUGGACUUCAAUCAUCAUCAUCAUCAUGAGGUGGUUUUACCAGAAACUAAAGUAAGUGAUCACAUUUCGACAAAGCUUCCUUUCGCAAGCAGCGGAUCAGCGACUGGAAGCAUUCCUCAGUGGCAGCUAGAGGAGAUUUUUGGAUUAACGGACUUUGAUCAGAGUUAUGAAUACAUGGAGAAUAACGGAUCAUCUAAGGCGGAUACUAGUAGACGAGGAGAUUCAGACAGUUCUUCGAUGAUGAGAUCUGGAGAAGACGAUGGAGAAGAUAACAAUAACUGCUUGGGAGGUGAGACAUCAUGGGCGGUUCCACAGAUUCAUUCUCCACCAACAGCUUCUGGUCUCAACUGGCCCAAACAUCACCAUCACUCAGUGUUUGUUCCGGACAUAUCUUCUUCAACUCCUUAUACCGGUUCAUCCCCUAACCACUACCAGAGGGUUGGGAAACGGCGGCGAAGGUUCUAACAACUAUCUUUUGCCCGGUUUAGGAAAACCAUCGGCCGGUCUGAUAGUAGAUGUGAGAUCAUUAAAAUGAUUUGGAAACUGGUGUACUGUACUGUCGUUGGUCUAUGACUGAAAGUUGAAUGUUCCUUGUUAGAUAAAAACAAAAGUUGAAUGUUCUUUGUUAGAUAAAAACAAAAGUUGAAUGCUCUUUGUUAGAUAAAAACAAAAGUUGAAUGUUCUUUGUUAAUUGUUAUAUAAAAAAAUA